AUGCCCGGCAACGAAUCCCAGACCUGCCCGGCAGACGCCCCGUUCUGCUUGUCUCGAACUCUAGGCCAGUCCCGACUCAAGACGCUCUCGGCCACUCACGACCGACCGACCGACCGACCGAUCGACAGUUUGUACCCACGUUUGUCCCUCCAUCUAUCCCGUCCUACACACAUCUCCGCGCCAGAACGUGCACUUUUGCCCUCGGUCGUCCAUCACUUGGACUGUCCGUCAUUCCACCGAACCGAUGGCUUGGCCGCUUAUCUUCUUGCCUGUCGGGAAGAUGCCACCCAAUCUACUGACUGUGAGGCGGCAUUCCAACUUUGGGCAAAUCGAUUGGCCAAUCCGAGGGCUGGUCGGUCGCCUCUUUCAGGCCUCGAGUCGAGGCGACGGUUUACUCGAGCAACUGUCGUCUAG